GUGCCUGGGCGUGCGAUUUAAUGGAGCGCCUCUCCGCCUCUCCAGUGCGGCCAGAGCUCGCUUCGCGCACCCACCCCUGCCGGGGAGCCUACUUGCUGCAGCCCAAUGCAUUGUGUAAGACGCGACCUGUUAUGGCCACCACUACUUCCGGGUUCUAGCAUUCUGGUCGGAAUCCACCUCUCCGCCUGUGCAACACACACUUUACACACGCACGGGGACUGCAAGCGGGCAGCAUCGAUUGUGGCUCCUUUAAGACAAACUCAGACAGACAUUUUUUUUUUAACCCUCCUCCUCUAAUCUCCCUCCAGUGCAGCAGUUGCAAAGAGGGAGAGAGAGAGAGAGAAAGAGAAAGAGCGAGCGAGCGAGAGAAGAGAGAAACUGAUUAGGAAUUAGGACUGAUUCAAGGGGAGCGAGCGCUAGGGCUUUGUGCAUUUGAAUAUUAACAUUUGAGGUGUUCUGACCAGAAGAAGACAGAGCGGAUGAUCAUUCAUUCACCACGUUGACAACCUCGCCUGUGAUUGACAGCCGGAGUGGCAGAAAGCCAUGAGAUUUGGUAGUUGGGUCUGAGGGGCGCUGCUUUUUCUUUUCUUUUUUUUUUCUUUUUCUUUUUUUUUUAAACUGAUUUUUUUGGGGAGAGAAGAUCUGCUUUUUUUUUUUUUCCUUUUUUUUUUUUUUUUUUUUUUUGCCCCCGCUGCUGUCUUGGAAACGGAGCGCUUUUAUGCUCAGUGACUCGGGCGCUUUGCUUCAGGUCCCGUAGACCGAAGAUCUGGGACUAAUAGCUCACGUUGCUGGAGACGUUAAGGGAUUUUUUCGUCCUGCUUAAAUUUUUUUUUUCCGGGGGAGUUUGCGUAUUUGUUUCCUUUCACACUGGCCUUAAAGAGGAUAUAUUAGAAGUUGAAGUAGGAAGGGAGCCAGGGAGGCCGAUGGCGCAAAGGGCAAAUGUCAGCGUUCUUCCAAACUCUUUUCACACCUCUGGCUCUAAGGAGAUGAAAGUGGCAAUUCCUCUUUUCUUUGAAAAUCAUUUCACUCUGGACGCCUUCAAAUCUUGAGGGGGAAAACACUUGCCUGGAAUGAACCAAUGAGAAAAACCUAAAUAGCUAAAUUUUGCACAAAAAAAUAACGACAAUCAAUCUGAAAGUAGAGUUUCUAGAGGAGGAAGAUGUACGACGAUCUACCCCAUUACGGGGGCAUGGAUGGAGUAGGCAUCCCCUCCACGAUGUAUGGGGACCCGCAUGCGGCCAGAUCCAUGCAGCCGGUCCACCACCUGAACCAUGGGCCUCCUCUGCACUCUCAUCAGUACCCGCACACAGCUCACACCAACGCCAUGGCCCCCAGCAUGGGUUCCUCCGUCAAUGACGCUUUAAAGAGAGAUAAAGAUGCCAUUUAUGGACACCCCCUCUUCCCUCUCUUAGCACUGAUUUUUGAGAAAUGUGAAUUAGCUACUUGUACCCCCCGAGAGCCAGGGGUGGCGGGCGGGGACGUCUGCUCGUCAGAGUCAUUCAAUGAAGAUAUAGCCGUGUUCGCCAAACAGAUUCGUGCAGAAAAACCUCUAUUUUCUUCUAAUCCUGAACUGGAUAACUUGAUGAUUCAAGCCAUACAAGUAUUAAGGUUUCAUCUGUUGGAAUUAGAGAAGGUACACGAAUUAUGUGACAAUUUCUGCCACCGGUAUAUUAGCUGUUUGAAAGGGAAAAUGCCUAUCGAUUUGGUGAUAGACGAUAGAGAAGGAGGAUCAAAAUCAGACAGUGAAGAUAUAACAAGAUCAGCAAAUCUAACUGACCAGCCCUCCUGGAACAGAGAUCACGACGACACAGCAUCAACCCGUUCGGGAGGCACCCCGGGCCCUUCCAGCGGUGGCCACACAUCACACAGCGGGGAUAACAGCAGUGAGCAAGGUGAUGGCUUGGACAACAGUGUAGCUUCCCCCAGCACAGGUGACGAUGAUGAUCCAGAUAAGGACAAAAAGCGUCACAAAAAGCGUGGCAUCUUUCCCAAAGUAGCCACAAAUAUCAUGAGGGCGUGGCUGUUCCAGCAUCUAACACACCCUUACCCUUCUGAAGAACAGAAAAAGCAGUUGGCACAAGACACGGGACUCACCAUCCUUCAAGUGAACAAUUGGUUUAUUAAUGCCCGGAGAAGAAUAGUGCAGCCCAUGAUAGACCAGUCCAACCGAGCAGGCAAGUCCCCCAUAGUGACUGUAUUCAAGUCACGCAGGCGAAAACCAUCCUCAAGCCAUUCACCGGGAGGUCCGAUACCUGUAAGUCAAGGAACACCUUAUAACCCUGAUGGACAGCCAAUGGGAGGUUUCGUAAUGGACGGUCAGCAACACAUGGGCAUCAGGGCACCAGGGCUGCAAAGUAUGCCAGGGGACUAUGUAGCCCGGGGUGGUCCAAUGGGUGUGAGUAUGGGACAGCCAAGUUAUACCCAACCCCAGAUGCCCCCCCAUCCUGCUCAGCUGCGUCACGGGCCCCCCAUGCACACGUACAUUCCUGGACACCCUCACCACCCAGCAGUGAUGAUGCAUGGAGGACCGCCCCACCCUGGAAUGCCAAUGUCAGCAUCGAGCCCCACGGUUCUUAAUACAGGAGACCCAACAAUGGGUGGACAAGUCAUGGACAUUCAUGCUCAGUAGCUUAAGGGAAUAUGCAUUGUCUGCAAUGGUGACUGAUUUCAAAUCAUGUUUUUUUCUGCAAUGACUGUGGAGUUCCAUUCUUGGCAUCUACUUUGGACCAAGGAGCAACCCUAAUUCUUCAUAGGGACUCUUAAAAAGCAGGAAAUACCAACCGAAGUCAAUUUGGGGGACAUGCUAAAUAACUAUAUAAGACAUUAAGAGAACAAAGAGUGAAAUAUUGUAAAUGCUAUUAUACUGUUAUCCAUAUUACGUUGUUUCUUAUAGAUUUUUUAAGAAAAAUGUGAAAUUUUUCCACACUAUGUGUGUUGUUUCCAUAGCUCUUCACUUCCUCCAGAAGCCUCCUUACAUGAAAAAGCCUUACAGUUAUCCUGCAAGGGACAGGAAGGUCUGAUUUGCAGGAUUUUUAGAGCAUUAAAAUCACUAUCAGGCAGAAGAAUCUUUCUUCUUGCCUAGGAUUUCAGCCAUGCGCGUUCUCUCUCUCUCUCUCUCUCUCUCUCUCUCUCUCUCUCUCUCUCUCCCUCCCUCCCUCCCUCCCUCCCUCCCUCUCCCUCUCCCUCUCCUUCUCCCUCUCCCUCUCUCUCCUUCUCUCUAGCCUGGGGCUUGAAUUUGCAUGUCUAAUUCAUUUACUCACCAUAUUUGAAUUGGCCUGAACAGAUGUAAAUCGGAAAGGAUGGGAAAAACUGCAGUCAUCAACAAUGAUUAAUCAGCUGUUGCAGGCAGUGUCUUAAGGAGACUGGUAGGAGGAGGCAUGGAAACCGAAAGGCCGUGUGUUUAGAAGCCUAAUUGUCACAUCAAGCAUCAUUGUCCCCAUGCAACAACCACCACCUUAUACAUCACUUCCUGUUUUAUGCAGCUCAAAAACAUAGACUGAAGAUUUAUUUUUAAUAUGUUGACUUUAUUUCUGAGCAAAGCAUCGGUCAUGUGUGUAUUUUUCCAUAGUCCCACCUUGGAGCAUUUAUGUAGACAUUGUAAAUAAAUUUUGUGCAAAAAGGACUGGAAAAAUGAACUGUAUUAUUGCAAUUUUUUUUGUAAAAGUAGCAGUUUGGUAUGAGUUGGCAUGCAUACAAGAUUUACUAAGUGGGAUAAGCUAAUUAUACUUUUUGUUGUGGAUAAACAAAUGCUUGUUGAUAGCUUUUUUCUAUCAAGAAACCAAGGAGCUAAUUAUUAAUAACAAUCAUUGCACACUGAGUCUUAGCGUUUCUGAUGGAAACAGUUUGGAUUGUAUAAUAACGCCAAGCCCAGUUGUAGUCGUUUGAGUGCAGUAAUGAAAUCUGAAUCUAAAAUAAAAACAAGAUUAUUUUUGUCAUGCUGACUCCACUGCUUGAAAAAUGUGUUUACUGCCCCCCCAAAAAAAUUUUUGAUGAUCAAUGCAGUAAAUAUAAAAAUUAAUUUUGGCUCCCUAAGACAUAUACGUAUUUGAAAAAUUUUAACUACAAAGUAAAUUAUUUAAUAAUAGUUACUGAUUUCUUUACGCUGACUUAAUGAACUCCUAAUAUCAGCAAAUUUAAGGCCUAAGGGCACUAACCUAACCGUAGACUCAGAGUACAAGCAACAGAAUUACUCAUCUAAUAUCAGUGAAAUUAUUCUUGCACAUAAUGGCAAACCAAGUACAGAGUUAAGUCUUUUACUAAGGAUGUUACCUAGGAUGAGCAGUAGAUGUUUAUUAGGAAAUUAACGAUGUGAAUUGAAGAGGCCAGACUUCAAAAUCUAAUUUUUAUAAAUAUGCUCUAUGUUCUCAUUGGAUAAAACUGGUUAUUAACUAAUUUUCCAGAACAGCUGUACAGAAUUUCUGCAUGGCAGCCAGCUAAAUGGUACAAAAUAACAUGUUUAAGCUGGAAUAGCUUAUAAUUUUAUUUAAAUAAAAUUGCUGCUAUAAAAGUGCUUCCCAAAGCUAAGGAAAAUGCACAAAUAUUUUAAUUAAGGCAAAUUCGUUUUUAAAAAUCAGCCUUUAAGCAGUGAUUGCUUUGUAAACAAAGGAUGGGUUGGAGGAGAGCGCCUUAAACUCAAGUCUGACAUUCAGGCCCGUGCCACUCUAUAAACCCGCCCUGAACAAUUCUAUUUUCUAUUUGAAAAGGGAAACCAGCUGUGGGUUGGCUUUACUAGGUGACGUGUGAUUGACUGACUCACCUGCGGGAGCAGCAGUGCGCACUCUCACCUUUUGUUUACGGGCCUUGUGUCUAAACACGUGGACGGGCGGAUGGAGAGUCUGACUCAGCCUUCACAGCGCCCCCCCCCACCCCCGCCCCCAGUCCUCCCCGCGCAGCGCCCUCCACUCCACCCCGCCCCCACCCCAUAUAUGGAAUUGUUUAAAUUUCCCCUUUGGGCCCGGUGGCAAUUCUUCUACAUAAAUAGUCCAUAUUAGUGAAAUACUUCUCUUUUGAUAGGUGGUUACUAGCCGUUAACAACCAUUUAUUUACUUUAAAAAUUAAUAACAAACUUUAUAAACUAACCAUCCAUGUGCCCCUCCUCCCCAGUACAUGCCUGGGUAAGUUGGUUAUUUUCUGCCUUUAUUCUGGAGGAAGCUCUUGCCGGGUGGGGGAGGGAAAGGAACGGGAGGAGGUAGGGAGGGAGGGCAGAAGGGAGAGAGAGAGAGAGAGAGAGAGAGAGAGAGAGAGAGAGAGAGAGAGAGAGAGAGAAUGCGCGCAGAAGGUACACGUGAAGAGGAAUUAGGGAAUAUGGAGGCUAUGAAAAUCAAGAUCAUUAUUGUCCAGUGAAUUAGAAAAAAAUAAAA